AUGGACCAACAAUCCAUCCUUGUAAAAAAACCAUAUGUUGUGAAUCUUCUAACAAAGCCUCGGGUUGUGGAUAAUAAUGGGAUUUUAUGUGGAACUCGGAACGGAAAACUUUUGGAGACUCGGUUUGGAACAUGGAAUAUCAGAACUCUCUAUAAAGCAGGAGCUUUAAAGAAUAUUGUGGAAGAAAUUGAAAAAUAUAAAGUGCCAAUAGUAGCAAUACGAGAAAUUCGUUGGCUAGGAAAUGGUAACGUUCAGUCUAGCAAUUCAACUAUCUUUUUUAGUGGCAAAGAGACAGACAAACAUGAACAAGGAGUAGGUUUCGUAGUUAGAAACUCCAUAAUGUCAAGCAUUAAACGUUUCAUGCCAGUGAAUGAACGUCUGUGCUACCUGCAAAUGGCUGGAUGGAAUUUCGAUAUAUGUAUAAUUAACGGUUAUGCCCCGACAGAGGAUCAAGAGGAGGAAGUGAAAAAUAUUUUCUAUGAGGAUCUAGAGAGAUUAUUUGACUCUCUGCCAAACAACUGCAUCAAGAUAAUUGCUGGUGAUCUGAAUGCGCAGGUCGGUAAAGAACAAUUUCUUAGACCAACAAUAGGCCAAGAGAGCUGGCACGCAGUAUCUAAUGAUAAUGGGUUGAGAUUAGUUGGCUUUGCAGAAUCGAAAAACCUUAUUAUAAGCAGCACCUAUUUUCCUAGAAAGAACAUUCAUAAGCACACGUGGACUGCCCCAGACGGUAAGACGAAAAGUCAAAUCGACCAUAUAAUUAUUGACAAGCGACACCGAACAAGCAUAAAAAACGUCAGAAGCUAUAGGGAUGCGGAUGGGGACACAGACCACUUCUUAGUGAUAGCAAGCCUAUCGUUAAAACUGUCAACAAUCUGGAGAAAAAAGCAACAACCUAAUGCAGCACAUAAACUAGAUCGAAGUAAAUUAAGAGAUCAAAAGGAAAUCAUGGAAUACCAAAACAAAAUAAAGGAAGGAUUGAACAGCUUUAACAUAAUACAAGGAGAUUUGAGUAAUGUCAUAGAGUGGACCCAAACAAAGGAAUCACUAAUUAAAGCAGCAGAAACUCUCCGAGAUACCAAGGGAAAAAGUAAGAAUCACUGGUUUGAUAAUGAGUGUCGAGACGCGAUAAAAAAUCGAAAAGCAGCAAGAGUUAAAAUGAUACAAAAUCCUUCGACUUCAAAUUUACAGGAAUAUGCAGAGUUUCGCGCAAGGUCAAAUAGAAUAAUUAGGCAAAAGAAAAGAGCAUCAGAAAAAAAUGCCCUAAAUGACAUUGAGUCAUAUAAAAAGGACCCGAAAAUGUUCUUUGAAAAAUGUAAAUCAAUAAAAGAAGGCUUUAAAUCUCGUACCUAUCUUAUGACUAAUGACGAUGGCAACCUCAUAUCAGACCCUAUAAUGAUCAUAGACAAGUUUCAAACAUAUUUUGAGAAUCUAUUAAAUAAUAAAUCAGACGAUGAAACAAACAAUACAGAUGGAUCUGGAGAACCGGCUGAGGAUCAAAUAUAUGUUACAGUGGAACCAGAAGUGCCGGAACCUAGUUUGGAGGAGAUCAAAUCAAUAGUGGAGUCACUGAAGAACAACAAAGCUCCAGGAGAGGACAACAUAAAUCCGGAGUUACUCAAACUUGCUGGCCGAGACCUCCUGGAAAACUUACACAAAACCAUCUCAACUAUAUGGGAGCAAGAAAAACUAGAAAAGGGUUGGAACACCGCUAUUAUUUGCCCGAUUUACAAAAAAAGAGACCCCAAGAAAGUGGAAAAUUACCGUGGCAUAUCCCUUUUGGACACUGCUUACAAGGUCUUGUCAAUAGCCAUUUUACAUAGACUUGAAAAAUAUUCAACAGAAAUAAUCGGUGAAUACCAGUGUGGUUUCAUGAAAGGAAAGCACUACUGA